AAGGAUACAAUUAUGAGUUUUAGGGACAUAGUAAUGAUAAUUGUUUGUAUCUUCGUGUAACUGAUAACUCUAAACAGAACUGUAAUCAAGAUAAGUACUUUUUUCAAGAGUUUUGAUUGUAAACGUUUGAUCAUAUGACUGAAAUCACACUUGUCAUGAGGAAUACCAUGACAUUUUAUCAUUUUUGAAGAUGUUUAAUUAGAAAUUGUCAACACGGAAAUUAGCACAUUUUAAUGAUAAUAACGGAUAAUAACGGACAUGCUUUUCCUGUACCGAUAUAUUAUCAUGUAUGUAUAUUAUCCGCCUUGCUUUUAGAUGUCAGUUCCUUAUGUGACACAACUGGGAAUCAUGAGCUUUUUACAUAAUCUGGAGAGUUACGAUAAGGCAUGCGAGAGGAACUGGUCAUGCCGGGGCAGAAAUAUUUUAAUGCAAUACGAUAACACUGUAGUCACCGGGUACGUUACUCUAUAUUAUCCAAGAGGAGUAACGUCAGAAAUUCGUUCAGAGAGUAUGAACAUGUCUUCCGGAAAACCUUCAAUUAAGCAAAGACAUCUUUUGCCAGAAACUACUAACUCUGCUAAAGUUAUGAAGGACAGUACAUCAACGGAUGUUAAUCAUGUGCAAAAAUGUGUUUGUAAUCCAGAAAAUUUCACAACUAGACAAACAAAUGCAAGGGCAUAUAUAAUAGAGGAUAGUGAAGAAAAUGGUGAUACAGCUAAUGAUCGUUUUCCAAUACACAAUAACGCUACAAUAAAUGAAGGUUUAGUACGGCAACAGGUACAAGAAGACAAUAUUAACUUCGGUGUACGCCGACCAGAAGCUUUUCUAUGGAUGCAGUUUAGUUAUUUGCCGAAGAUGUAUGGCUGUGAGUGGGGAAAGAGUUACCGGCCACAUGCAAGAAUUAUGGCUGUGCAAAUUAAAAAAGAAGGAUUUGAUGAAAUAUUCAGGCUUUACGCAGAUGAAAGAAUACAUAAUCGUUCAAUAGGUGAUGUUGCAAUAGAAUGGGCACCCGAUCCGUCUCCGAUGGGCAAACGACUUCGUCGAUCCUUUAUACGUAUAGGGGUUCGGCGUGAUGUACUAAGACUUUUCGAAAAAUACUGGCUACUUAAUAUUACUGAUAUCACUAGCUUCGUCAGUCGUCAAGGAAGGUGUGCCCAAGGAGGACAACUGAGUUGUAUAUGGACACCAAUUGUAAGGGUUUACAUUCCUGUUUCUUCUGUCGUUUGUAGAUUUCUCGGUGUUAACAAUCAAGAACCAGCUUUUGACGAAACAAAGAAUCCAAACACAAGGGAAGGUGCAACUGAAACAUUAAAUGAAGGCAGUUCAGAUGUGAAUACAUUCGGGCAUAAUGGGGAGAUGAUUUUAUACCUGUUUGGUGCAUUCAAUCCUAUACAUUCGGGUCACAUAAAGGCUUUAGUUGCGUGUAAAAGAUGGUUGGAGACAACUAACACGUAUUAUGUAUGUGACACCGUUAUUGCAGUUAUGUCAGACACAAAUCUGCAAUCAAAACUAUUUAACCGUCCAGGGGAGUUAUGCAUAAAAUUUAAUCAUCGCAUAAAUCUAUGUGGGAUUGCUUGCUCAAAUCAUUCUUGGAUUCAGGUUUGUCCUUUCUCACCAGACAAAGGGCAGAUAUCCUUCGGCGAGGAGUUACGAAAACGAUUGAACAAACCCAAUGCCACCGUGGGUGUCGUGGUAGGAUCUGAUCAUGUUAGUCAUCCUCCAGAUUCAUAUAGAUAUCUGAGAGAGCAAAACAUGAUAAUGUUUUGUGUUGGUCGAAAGGGAAUGAAAGGAGCUGAAAAAGAAGCUUUUGAUAAGAUAAUGAAAAACAACCUAAUGCAGCCACACGAAGUGUAUGUGGUUCCAACAAUACUAGACGAUUUAAGUUCCACAUCAAUACGCCAGAAAUUAAUGCAGGUCAAUGAAUUUUAUAAUAGGGGUGGGGAUAAACAGUCAAAUCUGCUAGUAAUUGUACAAGAACUGAUAAAGUUGGACUGGGUAACAGAGAACCAAGGCAGAUACAUAUGUCGCUAUUUUGAUGACUUGUUUUUAACAGAGGAAGAAAAAAUACUUGGCUCAUGUCGCGAAGUGCAGUUCUGGAGACAGUUAUUUGAAACAAAUAAAAAGUAACAAAAUAUUUGAAUCAUUUUGAUUGGAUAAAAUCUUAGAACACCGUAACCGGAAUCAAAACUUUUAGACAGCAGUGACGAAAUUGUAUUCUGACUGCGUUCCGGCUUUAAAAAUAUGAUACAAGAUUUUGAUAUGUAAAUAUUCUUCUGAAGACACUUAAAUGCUUACAGUAUUUCGUUUUUAAAAUGCGAAUCUAUACUUGUUUGGAUUUUCAUUGAUUAACCAUGCAGGGCGCCGUACGGCACCUUGCUGGACCUUACAGGAAACGGAAUAUUUCAUAUUUUUUAACAAGAAAUAAUCACAGACGACAGGAAUUUAGCAAAUAACUGAACACGUUGAAAUCUACUGUCAUAUCUAAAAGAAAGCAUCAUCACAUUCUAGUAAAUUUAUAAAAGACCCUUUCAAAAUACAUGUUUGUAUGUAUGAUAAGAGUCAAUUAGUUUGGAAUAAAAUACUGUCAAAAUUUA